AUGGCGGUGAAGAACGUUCUCCAUUAUCUUGAGAAGGAAGUGCUAGUGUAUGAGCAUCACAGCAACCACCAGAGCAGUGAACCGGUCCUUAGCAACCUCCAAGUUGGGUUGGGGCAGCAGUUCCUUCGUCAAGACCUCCGAGCUUACCUCUUCUCGGCGAGAUCCGGCUCCAUGCGUGGGUGUUCAGGCCCGACAUGGAGUACAGCAUGCUCCCAAUUAUUGAGCUCUUCAGAUAUCAACGAACCCUACAUAUAUGGCAUCAAGCUGUAUGAAGCCCGAACACGUGUUUCACGCACAUCAGAGUGCCAACUGAUAUCCCAACUUAACUGGUUGUUCCCGCACUUUGUCCUGUGCCUCCGCCGUCUGCAGCAGACGGCGCGAGUCCCCUUCUCGGAGGUCGCCAUCCUGACGCCCUACACCGCGCAGGGUAACGCGUACCGCACGUCACUGACCCAGUUGCAUCUUGAGGACCCCUCCGCCGGAUACAAUCUUGUUUUGAUCAAGACCAUCGACUCCUUCCAAGGCGGGGAGGCGAGCGUGGUGCUGUACGACACGACCGCCACCGACGGACCCGGCCACCAGAAGCACUGCGGUCGCCUCAACGUCGCCAUCAGCCGCGCCCGCGCAGCCAUGUACGUCGUCGCCAAUGUGGGAGAGUUGAACAAGGCCACCGAGGUCCAGCGCGGCACCUUCUCUUCGAUGAACCACCAAGCAUCUGUGGCCAACCGGUUACUACUCACCCAUUAUCCGGUAACUUUCUUCAACUGGUCUCAGGUAACCGAACCAUGA